AGAAUGUAAAGCUGUACAGUUAUGGCGACCCCAAAGAGAAAGCAUGAAAGAACCUUUAGAGUAGAGUUCAACACUUAAGGCAAGUAGACAAGCCAAAGACCUCUUAAGGAUCAGGCUUGAAGAGAAGGGAGAGUUUGGGAAAAGAAAAAAUAAAGAAAAGCUGGAAGAAGGACAAGCCUAAUGGGAGACAAAGCCUCGCUUUAUCUACAAAAGGGGGAAAAGGUUGUUUUUCAAAGUUAAAGAUAAAGCCAUCUGUCAUAUUUGGCCAAGCAUCUCAUGACAAGUCCUUCUGACAAGCACUUAAAGAGUUAAAGGUCAAGAUGAAGUUGAAUUGAAUGAUGGCCAAGAUUAAAGGAGUCAUACCUGAUGUAUCCUACAGAAUAACUAUUUUUCUUUUUUUUUCUUUUUUUUUUAUAUUUUGUAAGCAGUUAAUUUUCAAAAUCUGGUUUGGUCUAGUGACAAAACCUAUAACUUGAUUUGUGUGGGCCUUUGAUGAUGUGAUUGUGGUCUUGUAUAAAUGCACUCUCUCUUAGUUUAUCAAGUUAAAGUGUAACAGGAUGUAUAUUGUUAAGAUUAAAUUCAGCAUAUUUUGGUUUUGGACCAGGUGGUCAGAUGCCACGGAAUAGCAGGCAGUGCUCUUUGGAGUAGCAUGGGUUCUGGGGUUAAGCCACAGAGCCCUGCUUAAAGGAGAGACAGGUGUAUGCACUGGGGACUACUUAGAAACAGCUUGGGUGGUCUUAAAGGGUCAGAGCCACUAGAAAUUCUGUUUAUAUAUAGAUUUUAAAGUGCUUGCUGGGGACACACAAACCCUUAACUUCUGGAAUUUAGCCCUGUGAAGACUGCUAGCCCUGUGCUGCUUUAGCGCAAAUGAUCAGUUGGCCCUGAAUGAGUUGCAGAAGGCAUUCUUCCUAAUGUAGAUGCCUAAUUGGGACCGGUGAGAGACUGGUCCCUGACCCAGAGUUUCAGGUGAUCUUACUUCCUCCUUUCAGUGUGAGAUCAUCUCCCUGCAACAAGGGUUUGGGUUUCGGACCACAAACUAGGAAAAAUUCUUCCUGCUUAAAUUCAGUGGGCCUCCUGAAACUUGUAAUACAUUAGUUGAGUCCUUGUGAGACAGGGAAAAGCCAAAAGCUACUCCUGCAGGGCCAGCGGUCAAGGACAUUUGUGAGAAUUGGUUGCAGACCUCCAUUACAGAGAAGAGAAUAGCCGUAUCUGGCUUAGUAAAUGAAGGUAGCAGUACAUUCUGUCUUACAACAUAAACCUAAUUUUACCUAGUGUUGGGUGGCCCAGGAAUCAAGGUCAAUAGUAGUUUGAUUCAAGAGUAUGUGAUACUUGAGGCAGAAAAGGGUAGUAAUUCAAAGCAAUCUAAAGGAGAAUGAUAAUUUUUAAUACAUAUUCAGUAAGUCUGUGGUCUUAAAAUAGAUGAAAUAACAGGCUUAUCAAUUUCAUUUUUGAAAAGACCAUAAAGUACAAAUUUCUCCAUUACUGACAUCAGAAUGAUACUUAGCUGCCUCUGCUGCUACUGUCUCUCUCUGACUCAAUUCCCAGUUAGCCUUUUCUUCCUAUCCGUGGCUUACCAAGUAAAGUAGAAACUUGCCAUCAGCCCAGGAUUCUGUUUUUUGAGGAUAGCCCCAGAGAGGAUGCUCUGCUCUCAUUAAUAAUUUUUACGGCUCUCAAUAGAAAUCCUUUUUAUACUUAUAUUCUGUCUCUUGGGGUAACAAAGUAGUAUACCCAUCAAGUGAACUUACUCCUUCUAAUUAGAGUCCAGCUGCAUUAACCUUGAGGGAUGUUCAGUUACAGUAUUCACGGUUCUAAAGUCCCCAUCAGCCUUUGCCUUUUCAUAUUGAAAGCCCAGUUGUUUAAACCUUGUCCUUCCAUUUAAUCUAUUCAUAAUGGCCUCAGGAAGAGAGAGCUGGAAACCUGCAGUCCUUAAUUCUGUUCAGAACAAAAAGUGAGUAGUCUAGUAAGGCAGACCUUUUAGUCUCUAGAAUAAAAGAAUACCAGUAUCAAUCUCAAAAAAGAAGUGUACAAUUUAUAAAAUUACCUCUCCAAAUCUUCAGUCUUGUGAUGUCUCAAAUUUAGGAAAUAGAAAGGUGCAAACUAAAAUAGUGAUUUUUUUAGGAUAGAAUGAAACUCUAUACCCGGACCUAACUAGCUCUCUUUCCAAACCAUUGAUACCUGCCUUGAAUGUGUACUUUGCCUCUGUCAUGAUGAUGGUUUUAGGAAAGGAGCUAGGUUUGGGCAGAAUAACUGUAAAGCCAGGAGUUCUCAUAGUAUCAUUGCUGACAUGACCAGUGAGAACAAAGGGCUUAGCUUCUCAGAUCAAAAACAAGUACCAGCAGUUCCUGCUUAAAAGCUGGUAAAUAACAAGUUGGAAACCAGUCUCAAACCCAGUUCUUUGCAAGAAGUUGAAUAUUUCGGAUCAUGGUUAGGGUUUUCUGGUCUAGGAGUCCUUACAGUGGUCUGUUGUUUCUUGGUAGCAUGCUUUUACAGUCUGCAUGGAUGUAAUAACGCAUUUGGUAUAGUGAUUGUCUUUAGUACUGCUUGACUCUGUCUCGAUGCCCACAAAUGGCUAGCAUGCUUGUCUUCCCAUGCAGUGCAAGGAAGACAGUUAAAUAGUAGUAUUAGAUAUAUAUGAAAGAGAAAAUAGCAAAAUUAAUUUGAGGUUAAUACUUCGUCUCUUGUAAGGUAAGGCAUAUACUGUUUGCUUACACAAGAACUAUUGGCAUUUUCUUUUUUUUAUUUGAAACAUAUGAAAAAUGGUAUUUUGGUUUUAAGAAACUAACAUACAACAUAGAACUGACGUUUGUUUUUCUUUUUUGUAAACUUAAUUCUUAAAACUUAGGAAAAUUCUUGGAUAGGACAACUUGGUGAUUCAGCUAUAACAUCUUAUUUCAAUAAUAACUUUACUGCAAUAUGUAUUCAUACAUUUUCAAAUGUGUGCCUUAGGAAAUCACAGGUGCUUUUAUACUGUGAAGUGUUAAUGGCUGAAUCCAACUGAAUCACCAACUAGUAAGUGGGGUCUGGUUGAUUUUCUGGAAUAAUAUUGGGAGAUUGUGAAUUGUUCCAGAUAUACGAACUGAACUUUCAUUCAUUAUCAAAGUUUGCAAAACUUCCCAAGCCCCUUAACAUUUAGCACAUUUGAGGAUGUUCGUGAUGCUGAAGAUGCUUUACAUAAUUUGGACAGAAAGUGGAUUUGUGGACGGCAGAUUGAAAUACAGUUUGCCCAGGGGGAUCGGAAGACACCAAAUCAGAUGAAAGCCAAGGAAGGGAGGAAUGUGUACAGUUCUUCACGCUAUGAUGAUUAUGACAGAUACAGACGUUCAAGAAGCCGAAGUUACGAAAGAAGGAGAUCAAGAAGUCGGUCUUUUGAUUACAACUAUAGAAGAUCGUAUAGUCCUAGAAGCAGUAGACCGACUGGAAGACCACGGCGUAGCAGAAGCCAUUCCGACAAUGAUAGAUUCAAACACCGAAAUCGAUCUUUUUCAAGAUCUAAAUCCAAUUCAAGAUCACGGUCCAAGUCCCAGCCCAAGAAAGAAAUGAAGGCUAAAUCACGUUCUAGGUCUGCAUCUCACACCAAAACUAGAGGCACCUCUAAAACAGAUUCCAAAACACAUUAUAAGUCUGGCUCAAGAUAUGAAAAGGAAUCAAGGAAAAAAGAACCACCUAGAUCCAAAUCUCAGUCAAGAUCACAGUCUAGGUCUAGGUCAAAAUCUAGAUCAAGGUCUUGGACUAGUCCUAAGUCCAGUGGCCACUGAUAGUAUAAACCAUGGUCAUUUUUAGGCAUGUAUCAUUUACUCAUAGUUUGGUUUACUUAAAUUAUCAGGAAUACAAUGUUGCAAUGAUGCUUAAAAAACACUUGUUAGUUUUCCCUGUACCAGGCAAUGGUUAUAAUUAAAAUGAUAUGCUGUUGAGAAGCCACUCUUAAGAGUCCAGUUUGUUUAAUGUUAUGGGCAGCUACCAAUUUGUGGUGUCUCUGUAUAUUUUUGUAAAGAUUCUCAUUUUUUUAUGCUUGAAGUAUUUGGUGAAAAGAUGUUGGUUGACCAUAAUUUGCAACAUUGUCUCAUUAAAAAUAAACUUUCAUAUUCAUAUUUGGUAGAACUGUUAACCUAGAAAUGUAGCUUGCUAAUAGGAUAGAAUGAUACAAAAGUGAAGUAGUAGCCACAGUACAGCACUGACUGCUCAGACACACUUAGGUUCAGGAUGGGCCUUUAUGUCUUGUCAAAGUGUUUAGGCCCCGCCGGGUGCGGUGGCUCGCGCCUGUAAUCCCAGCACUUUGGGAGGCCAAGGCGGGUGGGUCAUGAGGUCAGGCAUUUGAGACCAGCCUGACCAACAGGAUGAAACCCCCUCUACUAAAAAUACAGAGUUAGUUGGGCGUGGUGGUGCACGCUUGUAAUCCCAGCUACUUGGGAGGCUGAAGCAGGGGAAUUGCUGGAACUUGGGUGGUGACAGUUGCAGUGAGCCAAGAUUGCAUCACUGCACUCCAGCCUGGGUGACAGAGUGAGACUUCAUCUCAAAAAAAAGUCUAGGCCCAUGAUAAUUACUUAUGAUGGUGAAUUAGUUCUUUUGUUAACCCCACUGUCUUGGGGAAUGAUGCCAGCUGGGUUAGGUAAUAUUUUCAGGGAGAUUGAGUUUUUGACUGAAACAUGGAGGCUUCACUGCUUUUUUUCUGGUUCCUGUGAAGAUUUGGAACGUAGAAAACACAAAAACUUAUCUUAAAAUUUGAGCAGGUCGAUGAUGGCAAAAAUAAUUUUAAGGAGAAAGGAAUAUUCUUACGUAGUUAUUCUAAAGUUUAAGGAGCGUUGUUGACCAUAAUAUUGCUUAGUUUUUCUUCCUGCUGUUAGAAGGGAGUAAAUUGUUUCAAAGUAGGUUUUGUGUGUGUGUGUGUGUGUGUGUGUGUGCAUAGUAUAAAAGAACUGAAUUUUUUUGAUGCUUAGAGCACUUGACCUGUGCAUUUGUAUCAAAAUUUGCCUGCCUCUUUAUGAGCGAGGCCUGCUUUUCACACCUCAGUUUAUUUAAUAUGAGGCAAGUUGAAAGACAACACUCAUUCUAGGCGAUUCUGUGGUGCCAUGAAAUUUAAAAUAAUUUUGGAAAAAGGAUUAGUCAGUUUUAAGCAAGAGUCACAUCUUCUGAGUUUUUGAUUAUCAGUGUAGUACCUGACUAAAAACGAAGUAAUACCCUUAACCAUUUAUAAUUUCUGGUAUUUUUCUGAAAGAUCGUUUUGGGGACAAAAGUGACUUGACAUGUCCAAUUUCAUUUCAGAAUAAAAAGCUAGCAUCUUUAAAAAUCAGAUUGCUUGCUUACAGAUAUAAGUAAGAAUUAUGGAGAAACAAUUCCUUUUAGAGGAUUACUUUUUUCAAUUUUGGUUUUUGGAAUCUAGGCUUUGCCUGUAAAGAAUAAAACGAUGGAUUUUAAAUACUGUUUGUGGAAUGUGUUUAAAGGAUCGAUUAUUCUAGAACCUUUGUAUAUUUGAUAGUAUUUCUAACUUUAAUUUCUUUACUGUUUGCAGUUAAUGUUCAUGUUCUGCUAUGCAAUCAUUUAUAUGCACGUUUCUUUAAUUUUUUUAGAUUUUCCUGGAUGUAUAGUUUAAACAACAAAAAGUCUAUAUAAAACUGUAGCAGUAGUUUGCAGUUCUAGAAAAGAGGAAAGUUGUGGGGUUAAACUUUGUAUUUUCUUUCUUAUAGAGGCUUCUAAAAACGUAUUUUUAUAUGUUCUUUUUAACAAAUAUUGUGUACAACCUUUAAAACAUCAAUGUUUGGAUCAAAACAAGACCCAGCUUAUUUUCUGCUUGCUGUAAAUUAAGCAAACAUGCUAUAAUAAAAACAAAAUGAAGGAAAUAA